AGUUACACGUUAGACCAACCUGUCAAUCAACAGCAGUCAAAUCACACAUAGAAGUUAUUCGUUAUAGCAGAAUAUGACUCGUUAUUCUGUGUGAUUUCAGAGCGCGGGUGUGUAAUAUGCUGGUGAUUUUUAAUCUGCCACAUCUCAGCCAGGAAAGAAGCACUCGCGCUACAAACCUUCAGACCUGAGCUAACCCCAUUUCUUCAUUUUAAUCUGAAAUCUUCACGAAUCAUUAUCGCCACCUUUUUUGGAAAUGAGAACAACGCUGGUCCUGCUGCACGUCGUCUCCUGCUGCUGGCUGACCAGUGCCACACUUUCUAAAAAGGAUGCUAAAAAGUCCAAUAAGGCUUCGGCUGAGACAUCUCCAUCUGAGUUAACUGUGUUGGCGAGAGGCCUUGUUGUGACAGAUCCGCAGUGGAAAGACAUAGUGAAGGAGGAGAAGAGAUACUGUGCUCAAAUCAAGAAAACGUUUCCAGGACUGGUGCUGGGAUAUGUCACACCUUGGAAUGCCCACGGUUAUGAUGUUGCCAAAACAUUUGGCUCCAAAAUGUCCUCAGUGUCACCAGUGUGGCUUCAGCUCCACCGACGAGGUCAUGAAACCUUUGAAAUAACAGGACUCCACGACCAUGACUCAGGAUGGGUCAAAGCUGUACGCAAGUCUAACAAAAAAGUCAGAUUGGUUCCUCGCCUGUUAUUUGAUGGCUGGUCUUACCAGGACUACAUGACCGUGCUGGGGAGUGAGGAUGAGAUCGAGGAGCUGGGAAGUGAGCUGGUGGAUGUUGCAAAGACUGAAGGUUUCGAUGGCUUCACCUUGGAGCUGUGGAGCCAGCUGGGCGGUAACAAAAGAAAGGAGCUGGUACAUCUGGUGAAACACAUAUGUGAGGCAUUGAAGGCCAAAAAACUGGACUGCAUUCUUGUUAUUCCACCUGCUGUGACCAGUGUGGGGCAGCUGGGAAUGUUUGGUAGGGAGGAGUUUGAACAAUUGGCUCCGGUGGUUGAUGGAUUCAGCCUCAUGACAUACGACUUCUCCAGCGGGCCCAGACCAGGCCCGAGUGCUCCUCUGUCCUGGGUCAGAGACUGUGUUCUCCAGCUUGCACCAAACGCUGAGUGGAGGCAAAAGAUCCUGUUGGGACUCAAUCUGUAUGGCCUUGAUUUUAGAGACCAGGGAACAGAGCCAAUUCUGGGUGCAAGGUACAUUGACAUUUUGCGAGAACACCGACCCAAACUGCUCUGGGAUGAAUAUGCUGCAGAGCAUCAUUUCAGUUAUAAAAGAAACAAUGCAGUGAAAGCUGUGGUGUACUAUCCAUCACUGAAGUCAAUCGAAUUAAGAAUACAUUUAGCCGUUGAACUGGGAACUGGAAUUUCCUUAUGGGAACUGGGACAAGGACUGGAUUAUUUCUAUGACCUUCUAUGAGAGUUGGACUUGUUAAUGAAGACUGGGGACCUUGGAUUAUCAGCACAUGGAGGGUUUUGUUUUUUUCAGAAACAUGGUGCACCAAAAUCUCAGGUGCUGUAUGGAGGUUUUAUUUUUCCUCCCCGAGCAACUAAAAUGAACUCUGAAAUCAACCAUUAUCAGGUUCUUGUUAAUACUCUAAUUUGAGGGUCAUGGAUGUGUUGUGAAAUUUCAAUUGAAUGAAACUGACUGUUUUUUUUUUGUUUGUUUUACACGGUACAUGAAGGAACUUAAGUGUGGUUUAUUCCUGUAUCAGAAAUCAACUUGUACAGUCACAUCCAUUCAGCAACUUAGGGUGCAUGAUUAGUAUUUAUAGACUUUAAUUAAAAGGGGUGUUUUCCUAUUUAGAGGCCUUCAUUUUUCACAAGCUUUGAACAUCCAUCUUUAAGAAUGUAUCUGCUCCUGACAACCUGCUGUUGUUGUUAUUUUUCUUUUUGAAUCCUCAAAUCAAAACAUUUGCUUGUGUGAAGUUGGAUUGACGCUCUUUCCAAACAUCUGUACUGAGCAUCUUCCAAUGUUCGUUUGACUUCAUGAUUAUAAAUGUGAAAACAAAUGAGUGCUACUGAUUCAGACGUUUUUAUAUUUUUUACUUGCCACUACAGAGCAGGAUUAGAUUGUUUACAGCAAGUGAGGUCGACUGCAUGUUCUGACCAGUUAUCAGGUGUCUGUCUAUGACGACAUGCACUGCAUCUUCUUGACUUGCUGGAAAAACAAGGAGACAAAUGAGAUGGUGGUUUAUUAAAUUUUAAAUAAUGUAGAUUAAACAUUUCACUUAAUUCAUUUAGUAUCUAUGCUCACCUGUGUAUGACCCUCCGCUGUCUUUCACAAAGUCUUCCACAAUCAAGGGCAGGUUGGCAAAGUCAGGUCUUCGCACCAAUUCAAAUACGGAUGGCUUUUAAUAAAAGCAGUGACCACUAUUAAUAUACAUAUUUUAAAACAUGUUAAUAUGUAGUGUAUUGGCUACUUGUGGUGUACUAACCCCUGUUAAACUGUAGCCAUUGAAGAUCCACUUCUGUCCCUCACUGGCACAGCACAGAGCUGACACUCCCUGUCCCACUGCACAAAUAGGCUCUGCACACAUGAGCAAACAACAACAUGCAUCCAAUUCUCUGCAGAAAACAUGCACAGUAUGUACUGACUGCUUUUAAAAAGGGCCUCUUACUCACUUUGGUGAGAAAUGAAGUGCAAGAGAAUGCGGUGCAGAGAACCACUGUGUGCCAGGUCAUUCACUGCUCCAGGGCAGUCCGGGAUGAGGAGCGCCUGAUAUCGGGCACCUGCAAAAAAAAAGUCAUGAUGACAUAAAACUGAGCAAAGUCCAACAAAGAGCAGCAGGAGAAAUGAAAAUGGCUAAGUGGAUAUGACAUUAAUAUUUCGUAACAUGAUAAAGUAACAAAAUACAUGUAACAGUAUGGUAAUUGCAAUGAGGAAGUAAUAUGUUAAUACCAUCACAUAUCAAUAGCAAUAUAACAUGUUAAUUAUUCAUUUUGAUUUUCAUAUAAAGAGUAGAUUUAGGGUAGUCCAUAGUAAUUUCUAUUACCAAACAUUUACCUGGCCAUUAACAAUAUUGACCCCUUAUUUUUACUAUAAACUAUAAAUAUUACCAUUAUUAUUGCCAAGCUGGAAAUUAUAUUAGAAAUGAGAUGUUAUUACUAUAUUACCUCCCCAUUACAAAAUGAUUGCCAUACUAUUACCAUGUUGUGACUGUGAUGUAGUGUUAAGAGUAUUUUACUUACCAUCUAUAGAUUCAAGUUUGGCUGGUGUUGCAUAAGGUUUCACGCUGAAAUCCUGUACCCAUCUGGCAGUGCUUUCAUCAACUCCAACAAAGUCUAUUGUCUUUCCCUGUAAUUCAGAGAAAAACAAACAGCACCCGUACAUCAGUAAAGUUAGUAGUAAGUAAGUUUAUGGUAUUUCUGAGUUUACAUAGGGUUACUAUCUGAACAAAUGUACAUUUACUUUAUGAACUUACAUGAGCAUGCAGAUGCUGAUAGUGCUGUAUUUUGUACAAUUGCCCCUUGUAUUAACAACACUACAUGCAUAGAUACAUUAUUCUCAUGGGUUGAGACAGGUCACAGAUUAU